AUGGACUCAGCGAAAGACCAGAAGAAGCAUGUGGAGCGACUCGCACGGGUACGUGAGAAUCAACGGAAGAGUCGAGCUCGGAAGCAGGAGUUUGUGAAUGAGUUAGAGCAACGCCUAGCGUUGUGUAAAAAACAAGCCCAGCAAAAAGACAUUGAGUACCGACUGGCAACGCAAAAAGUCGAAGCUGAAAAUCGGCAUCUGAAAGCUCUUCUGGGAUCACUGGGAGUUCCGAGUGCUUCUGUACAGCAGUAUCUACACGAAGCGGAUACGUGGGCGAACACCAACCGGAAGGUUGCUAUCCCUGCUAUUCAGCAAGUGAAGAGAGAUAAUCAUCUGCCUCUAUUACGUCGAGAUAGUCACCGAACAAAUUUGUCAAUGGCAGUACCUCGCGUCUACAGAGCGGAACCAGAGAUUACUGAACUGCCAACAGCGGUUGAUAGUGCAUGUGCCUCGACAGUGGUGCAACCGACAGACCAACCACCACAUCAAACCCCGCAAGAAGAAGAUCCGGCUUUGUGUGGAUGCCGGUCCGAUAGACAGAAUCCGGAAACGGUUUCCGAUGAAGAUGUGCUCAACUCGACGCUGUGUGCCAUUGCGGAAGAAAUGAUCAAUCAAUACAACACCAAAGGAAUUGAUGUUGAUGAGAUUCGGCGAAGAAUUUGGUCUGGGUUCCGAGCAGGUGCAAAUGGUACAGGCUGCAGAGUUCAAAAUCACAUUCUGUUCCAAGUUCUAGACGACAUCAGCAGUGAUGUUUGA